AUGUUCGGCCUCGCCAAGAUUUCGGUCGCUGCUGUGGUGCUCGUGGCUUCCACAGCCGCGGCGGGGCCGUCUCCCGGCUCUCACUGGGUACAGCAGCGCUCUACACCCGCCGCCAGUGCUGGUGCCGCUGCCGCUGCUAAUGCCGGCGCUCUCCGCGCCGGCGUCCUCAAGCCCGUUGAGGCCGUCCUCCAGGCCCCGCGCGGGGGACUGGUCAAGCCGCCCCCGGGCCUCUACGCCAACGCCGUGGACCUCGGCGCCCGGAAGGCGGCGGCCUCCCCGGUGGACAUCGUUCUCCUCGGGAUCCUGUCGGGUUUCCACAUCGGCUUCGGCGGCUUGCUCGCCGUGACGGUCGGCGGUAGCAUACCGGCGAUCAAGUCGGCUAACCCCGGGCUUCAGAAGCUCUUGUUCGGUCUGUUCGGCCUCCCCUUCGGGCUGUUCAUGGUCCUGGUCGCCGGAGGCGAGCUGUUCACCGGGAACACGGCGCUCGUCACUGCCGCCCUUGUGGAGGGGAAGGCCACCGUCGCGAACCUGGUUAAGAACUGGACCUGCUCGUGGGCCGGCAACCUCUUGGGCUCCGUGUUGCUGGCCAAGCUCGUCGUCGCGGCGGGGAUCAACGCCGCCCCCGGCACGGCGGCAGCGAUCGCCGUCUCCAAGGUGUCGAGCCCUUUCCUGCCGACCUUCCUCAAGGGGAUCGUCUGCAACUGGAUGGUGUGCAUGGCCGUGUGGGUUGCGGCGGGGGCGACCUCCCUCACCGAGAAGUACCUGGCGAUGAUUCUCCCGGUCUCGGCCUUCGUGGCGUUUGGUGCCGAGCACUCGGUUGCCAACAUGUUCCUGCUCCCUCUGGGUUUGUUCAGCGGGGCGUCCAAGAGCGUGUCCUGGCAAGACUUGUUCGUCAAGAACAUCUUGCCCGUCACGCUAGGCAACAUCGUUGGCGGGGCGCUGUGCCAAACGAUGCCUUACGCUGCCGUGUACGGAUCGCUACUCAAGUAGCAGACGUUAGCGUUAGCGCGGGGUGGUGAAUAGUCGUGGUUCGUUAGUUCCAUGAAACAUACGUUAGUGACCGUCAGUGUUGUUCAACACGGGCCGUUCCUUGCUACCUACCUAUCCCCUCUUCGUUUUGUCUUGAUCUUGUUUUGUUCCCUUCUGUCGGUGUUUCUUCGAUAAUUUUGCUCUUGUUUUUGUUUUCUUGGCGUGCUCUGCCAGUAUUUCACAAGGAAACCUACGACGUAGCACCCGUUUCCGGGAACAGAACGGAUGGUUUCUGCAGCGCAAAGAGUUUAGUUGUUCUCCUAUUUUUUUGUUGUGUCUCCAAUGGUUUGACUUUCCUCCGCUGCAGCAUCAACACGUGUAGCGGGACAACUUUAACUCUCUACCCGGCUUUCCGUUGUCUACCAAGCCCCUUCAAUUAACUUCUUUCGCCGAAAUGGCGGCGGUAGUUGUGAUGGCUUGAGUGCGGACAAAACGGUGGACACCGUUAGGUGCAAUCGAUUUGAACCAUG